AUGGAGAGACUGCUUGCCAACCGCCUCAAUUGGUGGCUGGAGUUUUGCGGCAAACUCCCUAAUUCCCAGUUUGAUUUCCGCAAACAGCGGUCCUGCAUAGACAAUCUUACCUUGCUUUACGGAGAAAUUAUUACAAGUUUUCAAGAAAAUAAAACAGUGUCAGCUGCCUUUUUACACGUUCAAUCGGCGUAUGAUACUGUGUUAGCAGACAUUUUGACUGAAAAAGUUAUCUCUUUAUGGGUUCCCCCUCAAACAGCUCGUUUCGUGUACAACCUAGUCUCUGAACGGCAGAUAACUUGCUGUUUCGGGGACUUUGAAGACGUUAGGUUGGUCAACAGAGGCCUCCCUCAGGAAUGUGUCUGUAGUCCCAUCCUGUAUACCAUCUAUGUGAUGGAGCUGGACAGAGUGUGUUUGAAUGGGUGUAAAAUCAUCCAAAAUGCAGAUAAUGUGUGCUUGUAUUCUUCCACUGUAGGGAUAAACAAAGGACUAAACAAACUAAAAAAGACGUUAAACAAUGUCGUAAAUGUCUUAGAUCCGCUCGGCCUUGGUCUAUCAGCACCUAAAACUCAACUCUGCGUGUUUAGCCAAAAUGAUCAAAAGCUUUCGGAGGCAGCUUACAUAAAUAGCAGGUAUACUUAUAAAAAACGCACACUAGAAAUCACGAUAGCAGACACCAGAGUUUUCUUUGUCUUCAAAGUUAAGUUUCUGGGCAUGAUUUUUUGCUCUAAUUUGGACUGGACCUCCCACGUCAUGAGCUGA